CGCACUUGUCUCGAAUAAAAACACACAGGAAAAAAAAAGAGAGAGAGAGAGAACUCUUUCCUCUUCCCUCUAUAGCUCUCUCUACUGUUAUUCAGGAGCUUUCUAAUUUGGCUUCUCAUUUCGACCUCUACUGUUUUCCAGUACUCUACUGUAAAAGUGUCUAUACAUAAACACAGAGAGAGAGAGAGAGAGAGAGAGAGAGAGAGAUUGUUCUAGAGAGAGAAAGUGAUGGAUACAAAUUAUACAGUGCAUCUAGCGAUGGCGGCGCUAGUAGGAGCUUCACUAGUGGCAGUAUCGGCAUAUUAUAUGCAUCGUAAAACCCUAACUCAGUUGUUAGAAUUUGCAAAGACUGUUGAGAGAGAUAGAGAUGAUAAUAACUCGGAUUUAGACUCGCCUCUGCAUUUAAAGCAGAAGCGCCGUAGCCAUCACGGUGGUGGUGGUCGGAGAAAGGGGAACGGUUAUUACCGUCGGGGCUCUGCUUCUCUGCCGGAUGUAACUGUCAUUUCUGCUGGCGAUGGAGAGGAGAAACGGAAUGGUCCUAUUCAUGUCGACGGUAUUCCGCCGGGAUUACCUAGACUUCACACGCUGCCGGAAGGAAAAGCUGCUAGUCAUCCAAAGAGAUCUGGAAAUCUUAUUAGACCAACUUCUCCAAAAUCUCCUGUUGCUAGUGCCAGUGCCUUUGAAAGUAUGGAAGGAUCAGAUGAAGAAGAUAACCUCACUGACAAUUCCAAGCUGGAUACGGCAUAUCUGCAUACCAAUGGAAAUGCUGGUCCUGAGUGUAAAAGCCUGUUAGCUGAACACAUUAAUGCCAAUGGGGAGCAAAUCCCUAUACCUGCUUCAACUUUGAUUCGAUCGCAUAGUGUAUCUGGUGACCUGCAUGGUGUUCAGCCUGAUCCUAUUGCAGCUGAUAUUCUAAGGAAAGAGCCAGAACAAGAAACUUUUGCACGGCUUAAAGUUACGCCCACUGAGGUGCCAUCUCCUGAUGAAGUGGAGUCCUAUAUAGUUCUUCAAGAAUGUCUUGAAAUGCGAAAGAGGUAUAUAUUCAAGGAAGCAAUUGCUCCGUGGGAGAAAGAAAUUAUUUCUGACCCUGGCACACCGAAGCCUAAUCCUGAUCCAUUCUUCUAUGCCCCAGAGGGAAAAUCUGAUCAUUAUUUUGAGAUGCAAGAUGGGGUCAUUCAUGUCUAUCCAAAUAAAGAUUGUAAGGAAGAGCUCUUUCCAGUUGCUGAUGCAACAACUUUCUUCACUGAUUUGCAUCACAUACUUAGAGUUAUUGCAGCUGGGAAUAUCAGAACUUUGUGCCAUCAUCGACUAAAUCUUCUUGAGCAAAAAUUCAACCUUCAUUUGAUGCUUAAUGCGGAUAGGGAGUUUCUUGCUCAAAAAAGUGCCCCUCAUCGUGACUUUUAUAAUGUCAGGAAAGUUGAUACACAUGUUCAUCAUUCGGCGUGCAUGAACCAGAAACAUCUUUUAAGAUUUAUAAAGUCAAAAUUGAGGAAAGAGCCUGAUGAGGUCGUCAUAUUUCGGGAUGGGACAUACUUGACUUUAAAAGAAGUUUUUGAGAGCUUGGAUUUGACUGGGUAUGACCUAAAUGUUGACCUUUUGGAUGUUCAUGCUGACAAGAGCACAUUUCAUCGCUUUGAUAAGUUCAACCUCAAGUACAAUCCAUGUGGUCAGAGUAGACUCAGGGAGAUUUUUCUGAAGCAGGAUAAUCUCAUCCAAGGUCGUUUCCUCGCUGAGCUGACAAAACAAGUAUUUUCUGAUCUUGGUGCAAGUAAAUAUCAGAUGGCUGAAUAUCGAAUAUCAAUAUAUGGUCGGAAGCAGAGUGAAUGGGAUCAAUUGGCAAGCUGGAUAGUGAAUAAUGAAUUAUACAGUGAGAAUGUUGUUUGGUUAAUUCAGCUUCCAAGACUGUACAAUAUCUACAAAGAGAUGGGGAUCGUGACAUCAUUUCAGAACAUUCUUGACAAUAUAUUCAUUCCACUCUUUGAGGUUACUGUGGAUCCAGAUUCACAUCCUCAGUUGCAUGUUUUCUUGAAACAGGUUGUUGGAUUGGAUUUGGUUGAUGAUGAAAGUAAGCCUGAAAGACGCCCCACAAAGCACAUGCCUACACCGGCUCAAUGGACGAAUGUGUUCAAUCCUGCAUUUUCAUAUUAUGUGUAUUAUUGUUAUGCCAACCUGUACACGUUAAACAAGCUUCGUGAAUCUAAGGGUAUGACCACCAUCAAAUUCCGCCCACAUUCUGGAGAGGCUGGUGACAUUGACCACCUUGCGGCAACAUUUCUUACGUCUCAUAACAUUGCGCAUGGGAUCAAUUUGAGGAAAUCUCCUGUGCUUCAAUAUUUAUACUAUCUAGCACAGAUUGGUCUGGCAAUGUCUCCUCUGAGCAAUAAUUCAUUAUUUUUAGACUACCAUCGGAACCCUUUUCCUAUGUUUUUCCUGCGCGGUCUCAAUGUCUCCCUGUCAACAGAUGAUCCACUCCAAAUCCACCUGACUAAAGAGCCUUUGGUUGAAGAAUAUAGCAUAGCUGCUUCUGUAUGGAAGUUAAGUUCAUGUGAUCUGUGUGAGAUUGCCCGUAAUUCAGUCUACCAAUCAGGUUUCUCACAUGCUUUGAAGUCGCACUGGAUUGGGAAAGAGUACUACAAGAGAGGACCUGAUGGAAAUGACAUUCACAGGACAAACGUGCCUCAUAUCCGGUUGGAAUUCCGUGAUACGAUAUGGAGAGAAGAGAUGCGGCAGGUUUAUCUUGGCAAGCCUGUUAUUCCUGUCGAGGUGGACAAGUAAAUAGCGGGGAAUCACCUGCAGCCCCAUCCUUAACGUGUGAUUGUAAAGGUUCUCUAGGAAAUCAUCAUUUCCUGCUGGCAUGAUAAAUUUUUAAAGGAGGGCAAUAUGGCCCCCUAAUCAUGCAAAGUGAGAAGUAGCAAAUCUUGGAUCAAACAUGCCAAGAGGGGUUGAUCGAGAUUGGAGAACCAAGACCAAUUAUGAUGACAAAAUGAAAUUGUUAAGACUUUGAGUUUGAGAGCUGAAAUCUGUAGGACCGCAACAAGGGGCGAUCUUGUGGCAGCUGAAAUAACUGUGUAAUCUAUAUUAUUACAUGUAGCUUAGUAAAAUCAUGUCAUACAUCAAAGGAUGAAUUUUGUGGUGUUUUUAGAAUAUAAUAAAGACGAUGUAUUCCAAGAGAAGAAGAGAAAGGAUGCACUCUGGCUUGUCUUUUUUCACCAGUAGUGCUUCAUCAAAAUUUUGUUGGAAGUUUAUAUUAUUUCUUAGUGUAUCUGCCUACCUCUGUUUCUUUUA